UGGAAUUGGCUGUAGUCUUUCUGCGCCUUUAUUUUUUUGUGACAAUGUCGCUUCUUAAGAGUCUCCAAAUUGCGCAUCUUCCGCCGUCAUUAGUAGUCCAUGUCGCCCUCUAUCGCGAUGUGAAAAACUCGUCGUUUUUAAGAGAGCAGCUUAUUUCUGCAAACUCAGCCUAUGAGUACGCUUUUAUUGAUGCUAGUAUGAUCCUUUCGACCACCCACGUUCUUUCAGCUGUUUUUAGGGCAGUAAAUGAUUACGAAAAUAAGCGGUUAAAGUCGAGAAAUGUACAUUCAGAGAUAGUGUUCGCUCUGAGCCCGAAUAAUAAUAUAGCCGAUGCCUUUCGUCGAUUUGGAAUAGCAGAUUCAACUACCGAUCUCCUUGUUGUGAAAGUUAGCACGAGCCCGGAGAUUACACAUGAGACCGUAUCGAAGCAUCUAGGAGAGGCCGUCGAAGGCACCCAAGUGACAUUCGAUGAUACUACUCUCAGUCAGAUUACUGAUAUGUCGAAGAUUCAAAAGGUGUAUAAAUUGUCAAACUUGGCGAUUCAUAAACCCUCUAAGAAACCAAUGGAUCCCGCUCAAGGCCACGGUGUAGAAGGGGUUGAGGAGGCUUCCAGGAGACGGAUGGAGACCUCUGUACUCGGAGCUAUUGCUUUAAGAGGCUCUUGA